AUGUUUCGCUUCAGUAGUGAGCUUCUCAUCGUCGCCUUCGCUUGGCUCUUCUGCUACGUCGCAGGUCAAAGCGAUAAUCUAGGCCUCAAGAAUGGUUAUAUCACGAUUAAAACUGCCAAUUUUAAUGCUAAGAUUGUUCGCGAUGCUCAAGUACUCGCGUCGCUGAGUCCGACAGGAAAUUCAUUUGACUUCCUGCCCUUCGACUUAAUUUCGGCUCGGGCUGGAAAUGGCCAAUAUCAUUGGGGUGAUAUUACAUACCGUUAUCGCGAAGAUAAUGAUGGUCCGUGGAUCGACGGCGACUCUGCCGCUUCCCGGAAGGUCGUCACCACUUACAAGGUCGGGACAGGUGUCCUAGCUUCUUCAAAUCUGGCACCGACACUUCCCGGCGGGGGACCUUUGAAUGUAACUCGCGAAUGGAUCGAUGUCUCUGGUGAUCUGGGUCUACGUUUCACAAUCGAGAACUCGGGAGCGUCUCCUGUUGAGAUAGGCAGUUUGGGGUUUCCUGCAGAGUUCAACAGCAUUUUUACAAAUCGUGCCGCAGGCGAUACGCAGCGUCUGUGUUCACUAUCCGACCCAUAUGUCGGCAUGCAUGCGGGUUACAUCCGCGUCAGCCCCGUUCGCGGAACCGGCGCCGCGCUUGUCGUGACACCACUUGGGGAUACUCCGUUGGAAGCAUACCGCAAUCUAGCCGAGCCUUCCUAUCAGGCCACAGCCUACGGCAGCCAGACUUUCGAGGGCUUCUAUGAGUGGCAAGUCCUUAGCCGCGCAUGGGCUGAGAAAGAAUGGGCAGGUGUGCAAUCAUGGAAUGCGCCUUCGUCAAAAAUCCUCCAACCUGGCCAAACACUACAGUUUGGAGUACGCUUUUCUGUGGCUAAAGGUGGCGUCCGUGAUAUUGAUGAGACUGUGCGAAAAACCGGCACCCCCGUAGCUUAUGGUGUUCCUGGGUACAUCAUCCCGAGAGGAUCAACGUCGCAACUUUUCUUGAGCGCCGGAUCGAAUCCGAUAUCCUUUUCCAGCGAGCCCGUAGAGUCCUUAGCCUUCAGCCAGCUCCCAUCGGGCUCAUACGGUAUAACCCCUUCUCCAACCUUUUGGGGCCGCUCAAGGCUCACUAUUGACUAUGAGGAUGGAAAGACCCAAACGAUACAUUACUACGUCACUAAGUCUGGCACCGAAGCUAUUGGAGAUUUAGGACGGUUCCUUGCAACGAAGCAGUGGUUUAAUGACACAUCAGACCCUUUUGGCCGUGCGCCUUCGGUUAUGAGUUAUGAUUAUGAGACCAGUUCUAUCGUAACUCAAGACCCGCGUGUCUGGAUCGCCGGACUCAGUGACGAAGGAGGCGUAGGCGCAUACCUCGCUGCGAUGGCGAAGCAGGUUAUCCAGCCGGACCCUGACGAGUUAUCAAAGCUCGAGAUGUUCAUUGACAAGGUUCUCUGGGGCACUAUCCAGACGAAAGACUUUAGUGUCCGAAAGAGUGUAUUCUACUACGAGCCCUCAGUCGUCCCAAAAUACACUUAUAAUUCCGCUUUCGAUUGGUCUAGCUGGACGUCGUGGAAAAAGGACGACGCCUACGCAAUUGAUCGGGCCUAUGACUACGUUCAUGUUGCAGCAGCAUACUGGUCUUUAUACCGUGUGGCACGGGCCUACCCUGGACUAGUAAAGAGCCAUGACUGGAAAUGGUAUAUCAACCAGGCUUAUAGUACCGUUAUACGCGGGAUGCAGUCCGACGUUGUAUAUAAUGAUCUUGGACUAAUGGGCGAGACAAUAUUCGGGGAGAUCCUUACCGAUCUUACUCGGGAAGGGCUAACUACGCAGGUCAACACGCUCACUAAAGCUAUGAGAUCAAGGGCUACACAAUGGAAUUCUGAAGAAGUUCCUUACGGAAGCGAAAUGGCCUGGGACUCCACUGGUCAAGAAGGGGUAUACUACUGGGCCAAAUAUUUCGGCUUCUCAAAUACAGUAACAAAGACAGUAAAUAGCGUUCUGGGUUAUAUGCCCACGGUCCCCCACUGGGGAUGGAAUGGGAACGCUCGUAGGUACUGGGAUAAUAUCUACGGUGGCAAACUCAAGCGCAUAGAGCGGCAAAUCCACCAUUACGGAUCAGGCCUCAACUCUCUGGUUCUCCUCUCGGCCUUCCGCAGCAAUCCCUCAGAUACGUACCUCCUUCAAGUCGGCUACGGUGGCGCCAGUGGACCCCUAUCCAACAUCAACGAAGCUGGAUUCGCGUCUGCGUCCUUCCACUCCUGGCCGGAUACCUUGAAGUGGGACGGUUACAGCGGAGACUACGGCCCCGGGUUUCUAGGUUUGGUUCUCGGCUCUGGCACGUACGUCGCGCAGCACGCCAGCUUCGGACUUCUCGCGUACGGCGGCGUGCUUUCUAGCACCGAUAACAAGGUCAAUGUGCAGAUUAACGGCCCUGUGACCCGACGUAUCUUCAUUGGGCCACUAGGUGUGACGAUUAAUGCGGAUGCGGGUAGUAUAAGCAGUUUCAGCUACGCAAGCUCCUCGGGUGCUAUUUCCGUCGUACUAACACAGCUUUCCGGUGCACCGAAGGCGGCCGCCGCGGUUCUGUGGGUCGAUAAGAGUGGAGACUCGGCCUCCUACCGCGUAUCGAGCCCAGAGGCGACUCGUGAGCGAUCGGGGUGGCGGAUCCCGCUGACAGCUAGUGGUAAUGUAGUUGUUGAGUUAACGAGGAGCUAG